GGUUUGGGACCCGCAGCCUCUGCCAACUCCAGUGAGGCUGCGGUGGCGGGAAAGAUCCCUCCUUUUUGGGGAAAGUACGGGACGCUUCGAGUGUCACGGAGCGUCUCUGGCGCCCGUCGCUACUCUGCCACCUGCCGGUAAUUCCUCAGGGCCCCGCCUGGAAGGAUUCCCACAUUCCCGGGCUUCUUGCCACCUACACAAGACCAUAAAGCGCAAAGAUGACAUGGGCGUUUCGCAGACAACAAAUAAACACGGAUAUCAAUGGAUAUUAUAAAGGGGAACCUAGAUGGAAUUUCAAAACCAGCCUCAAGUUCAAGAACCCGUCCUGGGAGCAGAAAUUCAAAUGCUUCUUUGGAGGUGCUCUCACCAGAACCAGCAUCUUUUAAGCUGGGAACUCAAUCCAGGUCUUCUACAAGGAUGGCAGGGACCCAACUCUUUGAGCCAUCACCUGUUGCUUCCCAGGACAUGCAUUAGCAGGAAGUUGGAAUCGGGAAGAGCUAGCACUCAAAUCCAGAUUGAUACUGCAAUCAAGUUGAAUUCUGUUAAGGAAGACCAGCCAGAAAGCAUGGAUACAGAAGAAAGAGGAAAUAUUAAUGAUGAUAACGGAGAACACUUCUCUGAGAAAACAAAAUUGGCCAAAGAAGGGUCAGAUGAAGAUUUGGACUUGGUUCAAUGUCAGAUAAUACCUGAAUGUUCAGAUAAACCCAAAUUAAAAGAAGAUUCUCAACUUCAAGAUGCUAUUUGUAAAAUGAAGCGACUUGAUAAAAUAUUGGCAAAGAAGCAAUGUAGAGAAAAAGAAGUUAAGAAGCAAGGUCUAGAAAUGAGAAUCAAGUUGUGGGAAGACCUUAAGUCUGCACAAAAAGGUGAAGCUUUUCAAAGUAAUGAGGAGAUAGAAAAUACAAAAAGGUUUUUAUCUUUGACUGCUGCAUCUGAAGAAACUGUUGAUCCUUCUCAUUAUGAGGAUGAAGGCAUAUUUUUCCCCGUGUUUCACACUCAAGUCCCUCCAGAAGAAUAUGAAAACCAUCUGCAGAGUGUCAACCGAGAUUUUACUCAUGAUGUGGAACGAAAUGAUUCAUUGGUCAAAGCUGAAAAGAAACCUUUCUCAAAUAUAGAAAAGACUGAACUCAGGGGUAAACACAAGCAGGAUUUUAUUAAGCGAAACAUUGAGUUGGCCAAGAAUUCAAGAGACCUAGUGGUUAUGACUGAUGAAGAGAAGAAAAGACUGGUUGAACUUUUGAAGGAUUUAGAUGACCAAGAUUCAGUGCUGCCCAGUUGUGAGGGUGAUCAGUGUGGCUGGCUGGUUCCAGGAGAUGGAUACACACUAGCUCCCACCCAGCAUGCACAACUUGCUGAAAUCAAUACAAAGCUCCAAGAACUUUCUGCAACCUCUCCGACCGUGCCCAGCUUCCUUGCAAGACCUGACAGUCAGAAUGAGCAGGAACCUGGCCUUGAUGAGGAAAGAAAUAUGGAAAUAACUCCAGGAGAAAAGGUCCUCCGGAACACCAAAGAGGAGCGGGACCAGCAAAAGCGACUGAAAGAGAUAAAUGAAAAGCUGAGAAAGAUGAAAGAAGAUGUGUUAGAUUCUACAUCACUGCUCUCCGAGAUACAGUUACAGUGUCUUCUGGAUGGAUGCAUAUUCAAACAAAAGUCCAUCAUUCCACUUCCUGAAGGAAGAGAAAACAAAGACAUUGAGGAUGUUACAUCGGAGCCAUCCCAGCUUUCCAAGUCCAUCCUUUCUAAAUUACUAAAUGAAGCAGAAACAAAGGCCCAGGAAGCUGAGGCAGAAGAUGCAAACAGGCUUGAAGAUGCAGGUUGUGAAUCCUCUGAAGGCUAUUACCUCACUAAAGCUUUGACAGGACAUUACAUGCCAGAAGCUCUUGUCAUUGAAGUGGAGAAUAUGAAAUGCCUUCAAUUUUCUAAGGCGGAGGUUGUUAGUGACGCACAUGACUAUUUUAUGUCAAAGACUCUUGGCAUUGGGAGACUUCAAAGGCCCUCCUUCUUGGAUGAUCCACUGGAUGAUAUUAGUAUGAACCUUUCACCAGAAGACCAACAUCUGAAACUCAGCCCUUCUGGGAAACCAAAAACAGAUGAAAUGGAGACUAAAGAUGUGACAAGAACGUGAGGACCUCGCUGGGGUGUGCUCUUAAGAAAGUUGGUAAUUAAAUUAUUUUUUAAAAGAUUAUUUAAAUUCAAUGAAUGCAUUGUAGAAACUUUUCCUUAAAAAUGAUUUUUACAUUUGGAUUAUCCUUUGUGGAUUACAUUUCCUUGAUAUUUUUGACACUUGGAGUAUAAUUUUUCAGUGGUUUUUCUUCAGGGAAAUU